AUGUCGGCCGAAGACAACACUUCACCUGCCGUGGACUCGGGCAUUGACAAUCUCGCUGAUAAGAUCGGAGCCCUCAAUACCGACGACAGACCACGCACGGAAGAGGAAUAUGCUGAGGCACAGCUCACUCUGCGUGCCAUUGUCACCUCCAAGGAAGCUGGCGUCAUCAUUGGCAAGGCCGGUCAGAACGUCGCUGACCUGCGUGAGAAGACUGGCGUACGUGCUGGCGUCAGCAAGGUCGUCCCUGGCGUUCACGACCGCGUCCUCACCGUCACUGGAGCUCUGACUGGCAUUGCGGCCGCGUAUGGACUUGUGGCGGACAGCUUGGUCAAGGGAGCACCUCAGAUGGGCAUGGGCGGAGUGGUCGGAACUCCUAACACGCAUCCGAUCCGCUUACUCAUUUCUCACAACCAGAUGGGCACCAUUAUCGGCAGACAGGGAUUGAAAAUUAAGCAAAUACAAGAUGCAUCUGGCGUACGCAUGGUUGCCCAGAAGGAAAUGCUCCCACAAUCGACCGAACGCAUAGUGGAGGUUCAGGGCACACCCGAAGGCAUCCAGAAGGCUGUUUGGGAGAUUGGCAGGUGCCUCGUGGAUGACGAGCAGCGCGGUUAUGGCACUGUUCUGUACAGCCCAGCUGUGCGUGUACAAGGCGGCGGCCCACCUCUCAACGGCACUGGAGCUCCUCCCGGCCCAGGUGCAGGCUAUGGCGCUCCACGCAGCUACAACCGCACUGGCAAUGGCGCCGACUUCACCGGCGCUGCACCUGCCCCGUACUCUCCCCGGCGCCAGGAAGGUCCACCACCAACAACGAACGAGGAUGGCGAGGAUAUUCAGACUCAGAACAUCAGCAUACCUGCCGAUAUGGUCGGCUGCAUCAUCGGACGUGGAGGCAGCAAGAUCAGCGAGAUCCGCAAGAGCUCCGGUGCACGCAUCUCCAUCGCAAAGGCACCUCACGACGAGACUGGCGAGCGCAUGUUUACGAUCACCGGCGGUCCGGCCGCCAACGAGAAGGCUCUGUACCUGCUCUACGAGAACCUCGAAGCCGAAAAGAUGCGUCGGAGCCAGAUCCCAGAGGCGGCCGCCUAG